UCCAUUCCCUGCUCCCACGCCAAAGUUCAAUUCAGCCCCAGCAAUCAAUCCCUUCUGACCACCAGACCAGCUGCAUAUUUCAUUCUCAAUUACUCCCAAAGACUGUCCCUUCUCAGUCCGUCUGGCAGCGAUUGGCGGGCGGCGCUCGAUCGCCGGGCUGGAUCUGAUAACCCAAAACGGCAUAGCCAGAUCAGGUCACAUGGGGUUUGGCCUAAUAUGCAGAUAUCAUAGACGCUGUCGAUCAGAGGUUCGUCGUGGAUGACGGCAUGCAAUUAACAGCUUCUCUGGUAUUCUUUUACUGUGUUCCUAUGAGGUUGCCUCCCAUUUUACCUCCCUCCCGCCCAUGCCGCCAGGCGGUUCCCCCAUCACGGGGUAUCCCUGAUACCUUCACAACCAUCUCCUAAUCCAAGACCUAAGGGGUGCUUUGCGGCGGAGUGACGGAUACUGCUUCGUAUGUUUGGGUCGCAACAUGGUUUUGCUUGAUUGCCACCCCAUGUUACAAGGCCAUGCCAGCUAACAUGACCCGAUCUCAACAUGCAGGCAGUCAUUUGCCUUCACAAUGAGUUCAUGAGUGAUCUGACGUUGAUCUUCCGAGAGUAUCUAGCACAGACAGCACGGACGGGUUUCGUAUCCCCCCCCCCCGCCUCACUAAUCAGAUGGCGGGCCGUCUUGGCUGCGAUAACCCCGCCGUCGGUAUUGGCUCGGGAGACGGAUAGAGAGAUAGAUACACGGGACGAUCGUGUCUGGUUAGUUGGUGACGGACGUCUUGUCUCGCAUUGAUUAUGCCGUGGUAUGCGCACUGACUACGCCGGUUGAUGACUUGACGUAGGUCUGUCCUACGCUGGAUUUCCAACGGUCAAGGGCGACUCUUGGAAGUUGCUAGAUCUUACUCUUUUUUCUCUUCUUCGAUCUGACUGAACAAACCCGUUGCUGUCUCGACCAUCGCGUAUGGGGUAUUUUCCAACGGUACAUACUAUAGUACUAUCGAGGAGUUACUUUUCUUCUGUCUACCAGUCCCACUCUCCGCUCAGACACCUCUCUCACGGCAAAUGCUCGUUUCCGUCCUAGCCAGACUUAGCUAACCCUAACCAUCUAACUAUUCACAGGCAACACGAAACUUCUAAUCUACGCGCGAUGCAACCCCGGGUACGGACCGGUUGUAAAGGGGACCAGCAAAUCAGUAAAAGAGUCUGCCAUCGCAGGCCGUUCCUUAUUGUCGGAUACACCCGGUGGGAUAGUUAUAGAUACCUCGUGUUUUGCUCUAGUGAUAAGUGAUACCGCACUCAAC